GCUCUGCUAGUAUGCCAGAUGCUAAUAAUUUUCCGGCGUCUGCAGGCUACUGUCCUAUUUAAAAAUCCACUUGCCCGACCAAAUGUAAUAUACGAUUUUACUCUACAAUAAAAUGUGAGUUUUUUCUAUUAUAUAUCCGACUCUUGCGGUUGUGGUAAGAUUUUUUUAAGACUUGGGAGGAGCCCCGCACUCAUGCAUCGACUUUCACCUGCAAGAGGCUCAUACAGGCAUUCUACUGCCGACUUACAAGUGUGUUUUAUUAAUGACGGACGUACUGUAGCUACAACAUCUCUAUUGAGAGUAAAUGGUUUCUUGUCUGAGACAGGAUUUUUCCAAAGACAUGGGUUGGCUCCAGAACUUUCUCCUCCUCUCAGCCCUCAGCCUCAUCAGCAGCUCCUCAGCAGCAGGUGAGGGCUGUAAGGAGUAUGGCCUGCAGUUUGAGCGGUCAUUCUCAGUCGUAGGGGAGGCUGCCAUGUUGAACUGCACCCUGGUAGCCCCUGAGGUGUUUGACUUUUGGAAUGUCUCCUACAACAUCCACUGGUACAGCGAGGAGACACUGGAGCUGGGCCAGGCUACAGAACGAACUUUUGUGAGGGGCACCACUCUGUGGUUCCUCAAUGCUUUGCCGCAGGACACAGGAAAAUACUUGUGUGUUGUGAGAACUCCAACCCAGUGUUUCUCUCAGACCACCUCACUGAUCGUAAACCAAACCAACUCACACUGUGAUCGUCCAGAUACACACACCCAGUACCUGACGAACAGUGUCUUUGGCGAAAUGGUCUGUCCCUUGAAGGACAUGAAAACGGAAUUAGGAGAUUCUUACUCCUUCAAGUGGUACAAGGACUGUCAGCCUAUUGAAACAGACGACAAGUUCAUGUAUCGUGAUGACAACCAGAGUCUGACUGUGAAGCGUGUCGAGCCCAAGGACGGAGGCUUCUACACCUGCACUGUGACCUUUGACCUGGGGGGAAUCCCUAAAAGCAUGUCAGCCACCAUCAAAUGUGAAGUGAAAGAGGAAUAUGUUCUUCGACCCAGAAUAGUGGUGCCUACUAAUGAGUCGGUCAAGGCAGAGUUAGGGUCAAAGUUCAGCAAGGAGUGUCGUGUGUUUGUUCCGUGUGUGGGAGAACACUGGGUGAGUGUGUUUUGGCUGGCCAGCGGUGCUGAUGACUACAUCCCCAAAGACUCCACACAGAGAGUCUUCCACCAAACACAACCGGACCAGAGACAGGUUGACGGGGAAAAGGGUGUGUGGCUGAAUCACCUGCUGACGUUCUCUGAAGUGAAGCAGGAAGACUUCUAUGUCAACUACUCAUGUGAUGUUAUCAGUUCCCAUAAUUUUGUGGGGGCACAGUUCACACUCCUGCCGGCAGAUCCCAACCUGAUGCUUCCUGUCGGCCUGCUGUUAGGCUGCCUGGCUCUGAACUUCACUGCUGCUGUGGUCUUCUACUACCUGUUCAAGAUCCACAUUGUGCUCUGCUUCCGGGGAGUCUUCCCCUUCCUCUACACAGAAGCAGAUGCUGAUGGGAAGCUGUACGACGCCUAUGUGGCGUAUCCUCGGCUGCUCCCUGGAGACAGAGCCAACAAGGAGGUGGAGGGGUUUGCCCUCCACACGAUGCCCCAGGUGCUGGAGGGGAAGUGUGGCUACAAACUCUUCAUACCGGGGCGAGACAACCUACCAGGGGAGGCUGUGGUAGACUUGGUGGAGGAGAGGAUACGGGCCAGCCGGCGUCUCCUGAUUCUCUAUUCCGCCUCUGCAUUCAGCAGCAGUGAUGUCAGCGCUGUCUCUGAGGCGUGGCAGCAUUGGUACGAGCGAGAGACGGCCAUGCACCACGCCCUGCUGGAGGGCAGUCUGCGUGUGGUGCUGCUGGAGCUGGAGGAGCUCCACCCCGCCCAACUGGCCGUCCUCCCACCCUCGCUACGCCAGCUACGGAAGAAGCAGGGCGUCGUUCGUGUCCGUAAGAACCACACGGCCCGCAGGACCACCAGGAGGCCGGGGGGGUGGAGUCUGGCAAGUGGGGAGGAGGCGCGGCAGGAGGGGGUGCAAGGCCUGGUAACACCCCCUCUGUGUCCGUCGUCACGGUUUUGGAAGGAGCUGAGGUAUCACAUGCCAGUCAGGGGCAAGAGGACGCCAUGUUCUGAGAGGGAAACACUAGGGAACGUGUAAAUCCCCCCGUGCCAGAACACUGGAGCAGGAAAGACGGAUGACUGAAAUAAGGUAUAGAUAAAUGAAUGGACGGAUAGAUGGAGUAAUGAAGGGAUGGACUGACAAAUUGACAGACGGAGGGAUGGACGAAUUGAGAUUCUGACAGCAAUUCUUCCUGAAGAUCCCUGGAUUACUAAUCACUAAAUCACUGUGAAUGUGUGUUCAUAAGACAGUCUGCAUUGGAUAGUCACAGAACCUCAGAUUUCCCAUGGGGGUCCUGGGGCAUGCAUCCGCUGGAGAAAAUAAAUUGUACAUUAUUGAAUUUCUUAUUAAGUUAAAUGCAUCAAUCUGGUGUACUUGUCUGUCAAUGAAGAACUUUGUGCUAUUGUAAAAAAUAACAAAGAUUUUUAUCAAACAUUUCACAUCAGUCAUAGACGAAUGAUGACGACGACUAAAGAAUGUAUUGUGCUUAUUAAAGUUCUGUCUUAUGAGCUUAGAAGUGUGCUCAGGCUUAAACAUUGUGUCUCACACAGGGCGGGGAGAGUCAGGGGUGCGGGCGGAGAAAGAGGAACAAUCCAGACGAGUUUCCACCACAGAGUGUGGGGAAAAGGCUGUAUUUUGUGUCUCUAUCUCUUCAUUUUCAGAAACAACCUUGAAACCGGGUGGAGACGGCACUCGAGCAGGUGGGACGCGUAGGCAAAAACAACUCCCUGCUGCACAGGAGAACAAGCUCAACCCUCUUCUUGUGUUUUUUGUUUUACUGCACUGUAUAAUAUAUGCUGGGGCAGGGACAGAUAGUGAGUUGGACUUUGUGAACCAACCCAAACUCUGUUGCGGGUAGGGAAACGUAGACAACCCCAGAGCUCUGUACUUGUUGAUUUCCAACUGCUGCAUUAAAACUGAUAUUAUCGGA